CCUCCCUGGGCUAUGGCAGCAUUUUUGUGGUGUUGAGCGUUGAUUUGUUGGAGAGAGUCGCGGACACCUCCAUUUUCAGCCCUAUGAUGCACCCGCGCCUGAUGUCAUCGAGUUCGCUUUCCCCCCCGAAAGUCCUUUUAAACUCCUGAACCACACCACUUCCUCCUCGACUCUUUCUAAAAUUCCAAUUCUUACACCUUCAACUAACAGACCCAGCCCCUGAUACUAUACCUCAGCCUUACUACACCACCCAUCCUAUCAACCAAAUCCCUAAACCCUCACAAUGGCCAACACAGUCGGUUGCUGCGAAAUCAUCAUCGCCUUCUUCCUCCCCUUCGUCGGAGUCUUCAUGCGCACCGGCUGCAGCUGCGAUCUGCUGAUCAACAUCUGUCUCUGCAUCCUGGGUUGGCUGCCUGGUGUCAUCCACGCUUACUACAUCUUGGCCAACAAAUAGAUCAUCGUUGUACGGAAUCGUUCUUCGUGCGUCGGUCGGGACAUUUUCACAAUUUUGGGGCACGGGCGC